GGUGGAGGCGGAGGGAGGCGGCGGCGGCGGCGGAGGGGGGAAGAUGGCGGCGCCCGUCCUGCUGAGAGUGUCGGUGCCGCGGUGGGAACGGGUGGCCCGGUAUGCAGUGUGCGCCGCCGGGAUCCUGCUCUCCAUCUACGCCUACCACGUGGAGCGGGAGAAGGAGAGGGACCCGGAGCACCGGGCCCUCUGCGACCUGGGGCCCUGGGUGAAGUGCUCCGCCGCCCUGGCCUCCAGAUGGGGUCGAGGAUUUGGUCUUUUGGGUUCCAUUUUUGGAAAAGAUGGUGUAUUAAACCAGCCAAACAGUGUCUUUGGACUUAUAUUUUAUAUACUACAGUUAUUACUUGGCAUGACAGCCAGCGCAGUUGCAGCUCUGGUCCUCAUGACCUCCUCCAUUGUGUCUGUGGUGGGCUCUUUGUACCUGGCCUACAUUCUGUACUUUGUGCUGAAAGAGUUUUGCAUCAUCUGCGUCACCACGUAUGUGCUGAACUUCCUCCUCCUCAUCAUCAAUUACAAACGACUAGUUUAUUUGAAUGAGGCCUGGAAGAGACAGCUGCAGCCUAAAGAAGACUGACGGCCAGCGGAUCACCACCCAACCGUCUCAAACUUCUUUCAUUAAGUUUAUUUUGCAAGGUGUUUUGUUUUUUGUUUUUUGUUUUUUUAAUUCACAACAGACACUUUCCCUCAGAAUCUUAAACUGAUUUUUUAAAAUAUUGUAAAUUAGAAGGGGCCCUAGCUAUUUCCUGUGUCGGUCUUCAUUUUAAAUCUGGAUACAAAAAAGGAUACACCGAGCCAAUCAAAGACAAGCUUUAACUUUACCUUGAAGAUGUUUCUGAGAAAAUAAAAUGUAGCCCUAGCCCCCAGUCCUCAACUAAAGUGAGCAGCCAUUGCUAGUAAUUCUUUAAUGUGUAUAAAUUCAAUUUCAGGUAUAACAAAUGUGAUCAUGAACAUGAAAAUAUUUUAGAAUAGAUACUGUAUUAAAUAUUGCCAUGUUUACAAUAUGUAAUAUGUUUUUAGCCGAUGGAUUUAAACCUGUAGAUUCAAUUAGAGUCCAUUUGUGUGAUAUUUGUAAAUAAAGGUAGAAACAUUGGAUCCACCCCUGCAGAACUUACUGUACAGUUUAGUUGAAGUGUAGAAAGGAAUUGUCAGCUCAUUGUGACUGAUACAUAGUGAAGAAAGAACAGGCAAACAGAAUAUCUUGGGAAAUGCGCUGACAGCCCUGGUGCAGUAUUGACAGCAGAAACAGGGUGGUUGAUUCCCUUCCAUCUCCCACUCUGAGAGGAAGAAACAGUCUGAACACCCAGCUCAAGUUUGACUAGUCAGAACUGGAUGGAUCGUAACUGUACAGGAUGUCAUGUGACUAGACCUUUUAAUUUCAAGGCUCUCAGGACACUGAUGUGGGAAGUGGAUGUAGUCUUUGGAGAAAAACCACUAUGGCGUUUCUGAGCAAAGCCUCUUAAACAGUAGCUGAGCUCUCAACACAUGUGUUCCCUUGAUUCCAGUGCCAGUCAGCUCAACAGUAUUACGACUGAAGUAGGCACAAGCCAAGUGCUCUGAGGUCGGUCCAUAGUGUUUCCCCUUCUUGUUUCUUCUUGCACUAAGGAUGGUCAGUAAGUGUUUCAGAAUCACAUACUGAAUUUGUAAACCUUAGGACUGUCGGGAGAAACUGUUUGCUGACUCAGAAGAAACACAAAUGUAGAAAGACCUGGAAGAGAAACGUGGAAACUUUGUCCCACUCCAGUAGCCACACAGAAGCAGUUAGAAGAAACCCAGAGAUGAUCUGAGUACACACCCCAAUGGCAUGGCGACUGUGUUUCUCUGGUUAGCAUCUUAGAGGAGAUGUUAAAAGUGCCUUCUGUCUUAAAUCUCAAACCAAAUCAUUCUGUGUGUAGAACUGGGGCAGAAGCAUCCCUCCUUCCCUGCCUUACCACGAAGCAGAGAACUUGAACCUGCAUUCUACCAGAAAGGUCUGUGCGGCCAUUUUAUUCCUUGGGUUGGAGAAGUGGCAGUGUUUUUUUAUGAUUUGGUUAAUAUCUUAAAAAACAGGCAACUAGACAGGGUACUCUGAGACAGCAAUGGUUGAGUGGUUUACGACUUUCAGUCGAAACUGAUGCACCAUAGGAUUUCUGGCCUGGGGCAGGUAUAAAAUGGGAAUUGUAAUGUUCCUUUAGGAGGCUCUAACCAGUUCCUUCAAAGACAGCUUAAUUCUGAUCUCAUCAAAGGUUGUGUUUCCCCGUGAAUGUGAACAUUUCUGUGACUAUCUUACUGUGUAUGCAUUGCUAUUGUCUUCUGAAGUAGUUAAAGAACGUCUAGAAAGUACUGAAUGGUCUUUAUGGUAAACCAAGUCCUCGUUCGAGAACUGUACAGUGAGCUCAUCUCAUAGCCCCGUGUCCAGGUCUCCCAAGGCAGUGGAAUGGCUACUCGCUAAGACUUCUGCUGCUUACAUAUCAAGGCUCUGCUAAACAAGUCCCUGGGGUCCCAAUUCCAAAUGACCUUUUCUGUCUUCUAUCACUCAGCAGAGUGGAGUUAAAGCUUGUCUUGACAUUACAGAUGUCUCCAGCCCUUACUCAAGAAAAUGUGAGAGGGUUCCCUCCACCAGACCCCUCAAGGCUUCCCUUUGCUUUCCUAAGUCUUGGGAGUACCACCAUUACUGAUUGUAUGAAUUGUUUGUUUGUUUGUUACAUUCCUGUGACCUAAUAGGAUGAAUACCCCUUUCUCACUGAGCGUUAACAGGUGCUGUUGGAAAUGACAGCAUUUGCCGACCAGUGUGCUCAUGCUUGCCUGCAGUCCCAUCACUUGGGAUAUAGAUGCAGGAGGAUCAGGAAUUCAAGGUCAUCCUUGACUACAUAGCAAAAUAGAGACCAGCAUUAGCUACAGGAGACCCUAGCUUUUAAAAAAAAAUUUUUUUUUUUUUUUUUUUUUGCUAAAAUAUAUGUUCUCUAUAAGCGAG